AUGACAAACAAACAAACUCUAAAAGAUCAACUUCCAAAAAUAAAAUGUAUCGAGCAUGAAAGAUAAAUUGUUUAAAUAGGAUUAGAUUAAAAUUUAUUGCCAUCUUAAAGAGCCUUAUGUGAAGUUUGUGGCUAAAAGGCAAUUAUGGUACCAAUAUCAAUAGACAGAGCGAUAGUUAUGAUAAGAAUGAUAUAAAAUGAUGAGGAUAUUGUAUAAGAUUAAGCUAUGGUAAGUAUGAUUGAUCAAUGCUUAAAUGGCGGAGAUAGAGCAUUAACUGUGAAAGACAUAAUAACUAUAGGAACAGUUCUCUCAAAUAAAUUCAUAAAGAUAGGGGAUAAUUUUAUAGAACCUAACUUGAUACAUCGGAAUCAUUCUAGAAUAAGAGAAAACUAAAUCAAAAAAUAACAUUAACUAAUCGGAAAUUAGUCCAUAGUUAUAAAAGAGAGUACAAAAUACGAAGCAAAGACAGGAAUUGAAUGGAUUAAAAAUAUCAUAGAAACAGAACAUAGCCAAAGUAGCUUUAUCUCCUCUAGUUUUAGUCCUAUUAUAAAAGUAUGGUCAGGAGGAAAGUUUAAAGAGUUGAAACAUGAAAAUUAAUUUGUUCGUUGUGUUACUUUAUUUGACGAAGAACUAAUAGUAUGUUAUGCAGAUUCAAGCAUAAGAAUUUGGAAGUAAAAAGAUGGAUCAGAAUGGACUGUAGAUUAAACACUUAAGGAAUAACAUCAGGGAGAAAUUUGGUCAGUGAUUACUCAUUUUGAGACUUUUGUUACUGGAAGUUAUGAUAAAAGUCUAAAGGUUUUUAGUAAAAGAAGAAAUAAUCGAUUACACUAAAAUUAUAAAUGCAUCUAAAAGGUUGAUAUAAAUGAUUGUUAAGUUACUUGCAUGGCUAUUCAUGAUGAUAUUUUAGGGAUUGGAAGUAGAUCGGGAUCGCUUGCUAUAUGCCAAUUCACUGAUGUUUGGAAUCUAACCUAAAUAUUGUCAAAACACACAGCAGCCAUUUAAUGUGUUGCUUUCAAAGCAGAUUAAAAAUUAUUAGCAACUGGAUCAGAUGAUAAAUCAAUAUUAUUGUGGGAGAUGAAAAAUGGGGAUUAAUUCGAAUUAAUAUAAGAGAUAAAGGAUCACUAAAGCUAUGUGUUUAGUCUGGCAUUUCAUCCUACAUAUGCUGCCUUUUUAUCUGGAGGAUUGGAUAACAAGAUGAUGCUAUUUGGUUUAGAUUCAAAAGGUAGAUGGAUAAAAUUUUAAGAAUUGAAUAAAGACAAUCCGAUUACUGUAAUCUAAUUUCUCAAAGAUAAUUGGAAGUUUUACAUAGGCACUAGUGUUGGUACAAUUAUUUUACACGAAAUUGAAUAACAACAGCAAUGA